GCAGCUCCAGCUCCUCUCGAUCCCGUGUGAGCAGCGGUGGAGGCGGCGCAGGCAGCUCCGGCCAGUGCGCGGCGGCGGCGGCGAGAAGGAUGCCCAGCCCUGCGCCUCCGCAGUGCUCCCUCUCCUUCCCGGCAUGCCCGACACCGGAGGAGCUGUGAGCAGCCGGACGGGGACCAGCCGACGAGCCCGCCUGCGCCCUGAAGCAGCCCAGAAGUGCCUCUCGCGCCCUGCCGGGAUGAAGCGGCUUCUCUAGAGCGGGGGGCUGGCUCUGGGCAGCUACGAGUGACGCCCAGGAGCCCGCGCCCGCGCCCCCGUCGCCCCUCCAUGGCGUGGCCCAGCAGGGGUCCUUGAUCGGGCUGGGUCGGGGCAGAGCCCCGCUCCGCUCCUGCUCCCGCGACGCACCAUGGGGUGGAGGCACCUCCUGUUGCUCCUGCCGCUCGCCCUCUACGCGCUGGCGCUCCUCCUGACCACGCAGGCGGCCGGCCCCCCACGGACACCCAAGGGCAACCGGACCCAGGGGGCGGCAGCGCCGCGGCGACCCUCCAGGCCGGCCAAGGAGCCGCUGAACCAGACGCUCGUCAGCACAGCGCCCUCUUCCGCGCUCGCCGGGAGCCGUGGGCGCAGUCCCGGCGGGGGGCCCGCGCAGGCCGCCUCCAGCGGCAGCGUGGGCAGCUCGAGCCCGGCCUACGAGACGUGCAUGGGCUACUACGACGUGAGCGGGCAGUGGGACAAGGAGUUCGAGUGCAACAACAGCCAGAAGGAUUUCCGCUACUGUUGUGGCACCUGCUACUACCGCUUCUGCUGCAACAAGCGCUCCGAGAAGCUCAACCAGGACAGGUGCCGCAACCAGGGCCCGCGGCCCAGCACAGACCCCAUGACCCCCGCCACCAGCAACGACGGGCCCGGAGAGAUUCCCAAUGGGUAUGACCCAAACGAGGACAACACGAACGCCACCGUCUACAUUUCUUGUGGGGCCAUUGCCUUUGUCGUCAUCGCGGGCAUUUUCGCCAAGGUGGCCUAUGACAAAGCGCGCCAGCCGCCGCAGGAGAUGAACAUCCACAGGGCUCUGGCUGAUAUCCUCCGGCAGCAGGGACCAAUCCCCAUAGCACACUGUGAAAGAGAGACUAUCUCAGCUAUAGAUACCUCCCCCAAAGACAACACACCUAUCCGAACUUCCUCCAAAAACCACUACACACCAGUGCGCACCUCCAAGAGCAACCCAGGUCACUAUGGGAAGGAUAUUUAUCGAAGUGGAGGUCCAGAUUUCCAUAAUUUCAUCUCCUCUGGGUUUGUCACGUUAGGAAGAGGACACAGCAAGGAUGACCAAGAACAAAAUUAUAACCGCCUGAUAUUAAGUCCUGCAAACCAGACACCUUCACAUGAAAAACCACGGAUGAACAGUAUCCUCACCUCUGCCACAGAGCCCUAUGAUCUGUCCUUUUCCAGGUCCUUCCAGAACCUCUCUCACCUUCCACCAUCCUACGAAUCUGCAAUCAAGACUAACCCAAGUAAAUAUUCUUCCCUGAAGAGAUUAACUGACAAGGAAGCUGAGGAAUAUUACUCAAGGAAAAGGCACCUUCCAGACUUAGCCGCCAGAGGGACCCUCCCUCUCAACGUCAUCCAGCUGUCCCAGAAACAGACCAACCAAAGGGAGCGGCCGCGCCGGGUGAUGCGGGCCAUGUCCCAGGACCGCGUGCUGUCCCCGGAGAGGGUCAUGCCGGAGGAAUUCAGCAUGUCUUACGAGCGGAUCCUCUCAGACGAACAGCUGUUAUCCACGGAGCGCCUCCAUUCCCAAGACCCGCUGCUCUCUCCAGAGCACUCUGGCUUUGCAGAGCAGUCCAUGUCGCGGGCGAUGUCUCACUCGGAUGUCUUUGUUUCGACGCCCGUCCUGGAUCGCUACCGGAUGACUAAGAUGCACUCCCAUCCCAGUGCCUCAAGUAACUUGUACAACACCUUGAGUAUGAACCAGACGUCUGCCAAGCGCCAAGCAUUUGCCUCCCGGAGACACAACACGGUGGAGCAGCUACACUAUCUCCCAGGUCACCACCACCACUACCGCACAGCCAGCAAGACGGAGGUGACUGUGUGAUCAGAGACACGGUGCGUUGCAGAUAGUCCAUCUGGACGGGGUGGCUUCAGUGCCCUACACUGCAGUGGCCUUAUGGCCAAGAUAACCUCUAAUCCCUCUUCCGACAGUCCUGUCUGUGUUGUUCUGAAAAUUCAUCUACAUGUUAUUGACAUAAGGCGGAAAAACAAAACCUGACUAAGGAGAAGUGAUGCAGGUAAGAUUUCCUGACAUGCUCAGUUUCUGUCAAAGAAAGCCUUUGGAGAUGGUGGCUCCUUUCAAGGAAUUGCCUGCCCCUGCUCUCCAGGGUGGGGGCGGGGGGCCGUGUGCGACCCUCCAGAUCUUCUUACCCACCGCUCCUGUUCCCUCUCCUACCCAGCAGAGCCAAUCGUGAGGGAUCCCAGGAACAGUGAGCCAGAAUGUCAAGAGGGCCGCUCUUGUGUUUGCCAAGCUGGUACUUUUUAAUGUCCAUCCCAACAAACCGAAAGAAACUCCCCCCAAAUUGGCAUCAUAUGGCAAACUUGGCAAGACUUCCCAUCAGGCAUGAUUGGAUUCAGUUGUGAUCCAAGCAUCUGCAAGGCGUUGGAUUUGGCCACAAAUGCCCAGCUAUAGUCUUGGCCGGGCACAGUGCCAGCUCAGACCCAUCCAAGGAAGUAGAAGGUGGCAACCCAUGUUGAUGUGAACAUGAUUCUUCCCGGUCCUGGGAGAAAUUAGCAUUUGGCUAACUAGGUUAAAACCAUGAUUGCCACAGUUGGAAAGCCACCUAGUUUUACAGGUAACUGAGAACAGAACUGCUCCACUGCCUAGAGUUGCCAAGCCUCUGGAUGGCAGAGGAAGCGAAAUGGGUUUGUUUAUAAGCACAAUUCUGCUGAUCAGGGUUUGCCAGCCCCCACCUCAUCUUCCAUCUGUCCUCAGAUAUAUAAAUCUCCAACAUGUAAAUACAUUUUUAAAUGGAAGUAGGACAGAGUUGCUUCUCUCCACAGCAAGAGGCACCCAAAAUCACACCCAUUUUUACAUAAUUUAACAACACACUAUUUUUAUGCCCAUGAUCUUGAGAUAGACAUAAUACCUUGGCAAUCCUGUACUCAUUUGCCUGGAAGUAGUCCCCACCAAAUGUAAGAGGACUUACUUCUGAAUAAAUAUAUAUAAUCGCUUGCCGGUGGUUACAAGUUACGUAGUGCAGCUGUAGACCAGUUGCCAUUCUGGGAACAGUUGACCACCAUCUUUGCUUGGCUUCUUCUCAGCUGCAGCUUGCUGCCAUGUACCCUGGUGAGAUCCUCACGAAGAACAGCCCUUUUUCAGAAUUUCCCAGAGAAAGAGAUGGAAAGACUCUUCCCCAUUACCCCCACUUCCAUACCCAUAUGACCCGAUGCCAUGUUUGGACUGCCACCCUUGCCGCACCCCAAUCCCAUCCAGCAGGUGGAGCACUUGCACAACCGCCGUGCAGCCGUAAUUAGACACCAGGUGUCUGUGAAAAGCCUUUCAGAGAAAUGUUUGUAGGUCCAGCGUUGGCUGGAUUUUAUAUAGAGUGGAUAGAUGUUAAUUCUACGUAACAAGUACAUUGCGACCCCUCCCUUCCUUCCCUGCCUGGCCCCGGCUGCAGCAGUGGAGUGCGAUGGCACAUGUUUCCGUGAGAUGUGGGCUCAGCCCGUGGGGAGCUGGCACUUGCCCUGUUCCGAGAACACGUGCCAACAGCCCCCCGGGUCCUUGCAUCAGAUCCCGCCGAGCCUGCCCGGCGGAACAUGGAUCAGCACUCCCCGACUCCGUGGCCAGCUCUGGCAAUCCCGAAAUUCCCCCUCAUCCGAUUUUGCUCAGGUGGCUUUGCACUUGGGAGUUAUCUUCUCUGCAUUUUUCAGAGAGGCACACAUGUGAGAAAGUGAUCCGCCUGUUCCAUAACGACGACUUCCUUUCCAGCACUAAUCAAGCGCAGCCUUGGGGCUGCUUAUACCACUAUGUUACGCUUAGAGACUGCAGGCCGGAGCCUUCGGAAACCUGCGCUUUGCUUAACAGAAACUGGGCUGGGUAGGAAAGCCGCAAUGGGCGCCCCACCCCUGGCUGUCGCCCCUGCCCCGCCCUCGGGCGACAGGCGUGAGCUCUGGCGUGGUCGGGGCCCACUGCCGUGCAUCCGAGUAAGGCCACGGCAUGGUGUGAGACCCACACGCGGCAACACGAGGCAUUUCUCGCCCCCAGAUUCGCUGUCUUCAAACACCGCUGUGCCCGCAGUGGACACAGCGGCACCCAGACAGCUCCUCGCCCGCAGGAGGCCUGCCAUCUCGAAUGCUGCGCGUGUGGCUUGGGUGUCUCCGUUACGUCAGCCGCGGGCGCGCUGGUUGCAUGGCUGCAGCAGAGAGCAGGGCUGCGGGCCUUUGACUUGCCGAAGCAAAGAGCAACGGGACCCUGCCACGGAUGAGGCCAGCCUAGGUGCAGGAGUAGCAGGGCAUUUCCAGGUGGCGCUGAGGGGUUCAGUGGUUGCCUCUGUUUCCCACGGUCACGCCACACAUCCAUCCGAGCUCCCUUCCGGGGUGGGGGGGGAGUGCGCAGACACCUGCCCACCCAAGCCUGUCCGGCCCGUUUUCAGGCCACCUCCCGACCUGCCGCUUUGACCUGUCACCUGCAAAGCAGGACCGGUUUCCGCUCUUCCUGCCUGCUUGGCCCUCUCAGUGUGUGACUCGAGCACCGUGGCUGAGAGGUUCACCGGCCACUGUGACGCUGCAGUGACGGGAUGGCCCCCAGCCCUGCAGAGGUGCUCAUGGAGGACAAAGCUACCUGUGGCUACUGGUCCUGAUGGCUCUCUGCUACCUCCGGUGUUAAGGGCAGCAGGCCUGUGCACACCAGUGGCUCCAGAACGUGGAUGGAAGGGCGCUGGUGCACUCGCGUUCCACGUGGGGCUCCCACAGGCACCUACUCAGCCACUGUGUGAAGAAAAUGCUGGACUGGUUGGACUUUGGUCAGAUUCAGCAGGGCUCUUCCGACAUCCUUCAGCUUUUCUGGGGCAACGGUGCUGCCCGCAGAAAAUACAAACUAGGCCUUGGUCUCUCGACAGCUAAUGUUUCCUAUAUGACUCACCAGCACAUCCUUCUGUAUAAGCCCUCUGAGGACAACGUUCAGCCAUAGUGGUGCACUCAGGGUGGUGACGCUGCUAAGGUCACCUCUGCCCGGGUUUGGAUGUAGGGCUUGAAAGCGACGGACUGGCGUGUUCCGGAGGUUGCUCUUGGUGGGCAGGUGACGUGGGCUGCUGCGAUUCCUUUGUGGCCUCCUCAACUGGAGUUCUUGUCUCACAUCCACGUAACAUUUAGAUGGCUGUCCCUUCAGCCCAGACAGAGGAGCUAUUGUUCCUCCACACUGAGGGAGACAGGGGGAGCUAACGCAGUGUAGAUAGACAAAGUGUCCUUCAAGUGCUGGUAAUACCAAAUAUUUUGCAUCUUGCCUAAGUACAAUGCUGUUAGGGAGUGUUCAUUUAUGUAUAACAUUAUUUUUAUCCCAGUCUUUCAAGUGUCUAGUGCCCAGGGCAGCUCACAGUAGGUUUUUUUUUUUUAAAUUCAAAUUCAGCAACUCAGAACAAUUUAAGCAAUAUCCUAUGAUCCAAAAACAGUCUAGUAUAGACAGAGGCAGCAAACAAAACAACAAAGCAAAUGAAAUGGAAUGCCUGUCUGCACAAAAGAAGUCUUCAGGUGGCUGUGAAAAGGCUGGCCAGGUGAGAGCCAAACAGAGCUCUUGAGGCAGGGAGUUCCACAGGGGAGUCCUCCCUCGUCCCUAGCAAGCACAGGAUGACAGGCAAGAGAGCCUCUUCCAUUGGUCUCAGGGAGCAGGCAGCGCUUCGGGUGUCUCCAUCUCCGAGCAUGAGGGCUUCAAAAAGUCACAGCCAGCACUUGGAUGGGAGCCCAGCCCUGAGGAGGGGCCUGGCACAGCACGGACGCAAAGCAGCCACAUUCAAAGGACCAGCAGCCCCGCUGUGAAACUUCUCUGCAGCGUUUUCCACGUGUUUCCAGCCCUUUUUUUAAAGGCAGCCCCCUGUAGUCUUAGGGAUGCAGGUUAAAUGUCAUUCUUGCCACUUAACUAAACUGGAUAUCCUAGCCCUUUAAAAAAGGUGGAUACAGCUUUUUUUCCCCUUAAGAUAUUAUGGAGUAAGUCCCACCUGGUUUCAGAUGUUUUCUUUUAGCUGAAAAUUUGAAGACUCAAUUAUCUUGAGUCUUCAAAUAGAUUAGAUUUCAUAACUGUGAGUAUGGGCUGAGAGCUGGAACAAGCAACCGAGAGGACAGAGUUUUGUUGUGGCUUAUCCUAAAUUAAGGACAGUCCGGUCCUUAUGUGGGUUGUCCAAAUCCUGACCUUGUCUAGCAUUGCAGCUGACCAAGUGUAGAUAAGGUACAAGUUGUCAUGUCAGCACUUCUAGCUUCGUGGGAGACGCCCAGAUAAAGAGGUCCACCUUUCCUCCCUUGCUUUCAAACAGAUUGUUCCUCACUCACGACCCAUGGGUUUAAUUUCCUACUUGCGUUUUUCUGCUAGAACUAUCUCAUGGCCUUCAUUCAGAAGAACAGCAGAAAUGUCCAUACUGUGAUCAGAAGAACCAGAAUUCCUUGGUGACUUCUUAGAUCAUUUUUUUGAUCUGCAGGUUUUCAGAAAACAUUCAGGUAGAGCUGGGAUGAACCGAACAUGGACAACCAACUGUUUGGGACCAACUCCCAGAAACAGCUCCCAGUAGGACCAGUGAUCAAACAUGCUGGGAGCUGAAAUUCAAAACAUCUGAAGCCCAGCCCUAAGGGUGGAGCUUUCUAGAUGUUUUGGCCUACCACUUCCAUCCACCCCUAGCCAACAAAGCCAGUGGUGAGGGAUGAUGGCUGUUGAAGGUCUAAACAUCUGGCAGGCCACAAAUUUCCAGUCCUGAACUAAACAGAUGUUUCAACAGGGCAUAGAGAGCAGGACAUUUGGACUGUAGUUCUGUAAGGCUACACACACACAAACAUACACAUGAAGACUUACACUUGCAUCCAAGAGUAGGGAAGUGUGGUGGUCUGACAAUGAUUUAUAUAGCUGAACAGGCAAGUAAGUUUUAACUGAAACUGGAACUCACCCAUGCAGUACCCCAGUGCAAACUUCCAAGUCAUCUCUGGUUGCAUGCACAGCUCAAUCAUGCAGUCUUUUUUGAGUCAUUUCAGCCCAGCCGGCCAACAAAUGCAGUCAGUCUGGCUCCCUCGGAAGUGUUGCUGUAUGGAAGAUGUUUUUGCUGCGUUCACAUUUUAUAUUCGGAGGUUUGUCUUUAUUUUCUUAUUUGACUACCACCUUGACUUUUUGCUGUUUUUAGUCUGGAGUGGAUUAGACUCAUGAAACCUUUUGGGAAUACCCGGAAUACACAAUGUACAAAAAAAAAAAAAACACCCUCAGACUACAGCCAUGGGUGGUUUCUCCUGUGUUUAUCACAUACCCUACACCAGGGAUAGGAGAGGGAUGGCCCUCUAAAUGUUGCUAGACAUCAACUCCCAUCAGCCCCAGUCAGUAUGAUCAAUGCUCAGGGAUGAUUGAAGUCACAGGCCAACAACAUUUGUAAGGUCAAAGAUCCAACAAAUUCAAGGAGCGUGAUAUUUUGUUGGGUCUUGUUCAAAUAUUUAUCAGUCCAUUAGGAGAGGGUGGGCGGGGUGAGGAGAGAGAGAGAGCUGAACCCAUGAACUCAGGAAUGUAAUAUCUUGGAAUGAACAAUCGUAAGUAAGCCCUUGAUGCAGAGAACUAUUGGAACGGCCCUUGUAUAUCGGCUGUGUCUACAGGAAGUGGCAUUUCCUCCAUGGAGAAAAAAUACUUCCGCAUGCAUGCUGGUAUUCCAUUCUUAAACUCUAAGGAGGGACAGGGUGCAAAAAGAGCGCUUGCAAAUUUCCUCCUCCUCAGAUGUUAUUCUGAAUAACUACUCCUCCUCUACUUACCAGCACUUCUGGGCAACAUAUACUAAGGGCAGCCCAUAAACUUGCGUAUCCAGCUGCCCAACACAGAGCGGUCACUGCAGCAAAGAAGCUGCAAUGAGCAGCCAAACGAUUCUGACAUGGGACCGGAGGGACAGAGGGCAAGUCUGCCUGUGAGCCUGGCCCGGGAGAUAGAGAUCAUCUGGGCUUCUUUACAGAAAUGUCUGUCUUGAGAUGCCCAUCCCUCACUCACCUCAGCUUCUUGUUUCUUUUCAUGGUCAAAUGUUAACCAAAAUGUUAAUCCAAGGCUGAAGUGAGAGCAACAGAAAAGAGCCCCCAGAUAAUGAGCUUUCUGAUCUAGGUGCAUUUUGAGAGGCGUGACAGUGUAAAUAUCCCCUUCGCAUAUGGAAGUGCCCGAAGGUCUAAAGUCACUGCAGCCAGGCAAUGACACGAGAGCAGCAUGGAAGAAAAGAGAGAGGAAUGUGGUUAAAAUCGUUCUGUUUCGUGAGCAGGGGUUGUUGAUUCAAAACUGCCACAUGAACCACUCAUCCUAGCUAUCCUUGACUGUAUAGAAGGUACAGAUCUCAUGAGAAACACUCUUGCCUGCCGAGUAAUAUUAAUGAAGACAAGACGGACAUUCUAUCCUAUGUGACUCAUUAGCCGUUCUCAAUUUCCCUAGUAGGGGACCAGACCAGACCUCCACGGAAAGCUCUUUGAGGCAUCUGCAUUCAUGUUUCAUGGGGAUUAAAAUUUCAGGGGAGAGUUGACUGGAAUAAAUCCGCAGAAAAGCCUUAGCAAUAAUUUGGGGUGGGGUUGGUUCUCAGUAAUGUGUGUUGAAUGUUCAUUGCUAAUAUGAUGACUUAGCAUUGUACCUGAGGUGUCUUCAUGGACUCGUAGUGGGAGCUGGUGGAAUCAGUUGCCCUUCAUCUGCUGGAGGCCUGUGGGAGGAAGGGAGAUGGAUGCAUUCUGUUCUUAUAAUAUUUAUGUAAAUCUGGGGGGUGGGUAUAAAAGACCCAUUAUCUCAUUAGUUAGCAAAACUGGCAUUUGGUGUCUCUUUCGUGACCUUUCAUGAGUUGUGGAUGGUCUCACCACUGGUGUGGAACCAUGCCUUACUGUUGCUCUAACCACGUGCUUAGCAGCCGCAGCUUCAAGCCUUCAUUCCACAUGUGUACGAGGGAUUCUUUAGCAAGAGUUUCUUCCCUCUGAGGAAGCCAAGUCGUAUUCUAACCAGCUUCAUUUGGGGGCUCUGUUUCCUGAAGGGAAGGUUGAAUGUCCAACCCUCUUUGUGCUUUAGCCCAGUUUAUGGAAUCCAUGUUUAUUCUCCAGUAGUUCUGAUGAGGAAGUACAUUUGUAUCUGUACCUUUGCACAGACUCUUGGUUACGCAUUAAGCUUCAAGGCAGCAGUAUUUGACUGUUUUUCUCUGUAUUAUCCUUGUUGUUAUACUUACCUGUAAAAGCACAUUCUGUAGGUACUGUAAACAAAACUAUUACCGGUUUAGUAAAAAUUUAGAGUCUUAAGGAUUUUUUCCACUUUUGUCAGUAACAAAUAUUUAUGGAUUCAGAAAUAAAGGAAUUUCAGCAGAAAAAAA